AUGAAGCCACGGAUUCUACUGACCUUCCUGACGUUUAUUGGUCCAUGUUUGUGUAGUGGCUCUGAGCUGGCUUUCCUUACAGAACCCAGUGAUGUGAUUGCAGUACGGGACAGACCUCUGAUGUUGGACUGCAGGGUUGAAGGCGAAGGCCCCAUCACAGUGACGUGGCAUAGGAAUGGAGUGCCAGUUCUUCCAGGGAUAGGCAGCCGGGCAAAGAUCCUAUCCAAUGGCACACUACUGAUUCGCAGCUUCCAAAAGAGACGGGAUGGAGAUGCUACUGAUGCCGGAGAGUACUACUGCGCAGCACAGAAUCACUACGGCAUGCUGGUCAGCCGCAAGGCCCGUGUGCAGCUUGCAUCGCUCCCUAAAUUCCACACUCACCCAGAGUCAAUGUCAGUAGAUGAGGGAGGUGUUGCACGUUUCCAAUGCCAGGUCAAUGGUAUUCCUGAGGCCAACAUCACUUGGGAGAAGGACCGUGUUGUGCUUGGAACAUUUGACGAAAGGUACACACUCCUCCCAAUGGGUAUUCUGCAGAUUACAGGAGUUAAGAAAGCAGAUGCUGGGGUUUAUCGCUGUGUGGCCACCAACAUAGCCAACACACGAUAUAGCCAUGAAGCAUAUCUCAACGUUAUUGGAGGUGCCCCUCGCACCUACAAGGAGCCAGUCAUCCUGUCUGGCCCACAGAACCUCACCAUCACCGUUCAUCAGACCGCCAUCCUAGAGUGUAUUGCCACAGGAAACCCUCGGCCGAUUGUGUCUUGGAGUAGACUUGAUGGCAGAUCUAUUGGAGUGGAGGGCAUUCAGGUGCUUGGCACAGGGAACCUGAUGAUCUCGGAUGUCUCCCUACAACACUCUGGAGUGUAUGUGUGUGCUGCCAACCGGCCUGGUACCAGGAUGAGGCGUACCGCAUUGGGCAGGCUUGUAGUGCAAGCUCCUCCAGAGUUCAUUCAAUGGCCGCAGUCUAUCUCUAAGCCAGCAGGGGGCAGUGCUGUGUUCACAUGUGUCGCUCAGGGAGUUCCCGAACCUCAUAUCAUUUGGCUGAAGAAUGGAAAGAUACUCACACCCGGAGAUAACGUGAAACUCACAAACAAUAACAGCACCCUGGCAGUGACUCGUAUCACAUCAGAGGAUGAGGCCAUAUACCAGUGCAUAGCUGAAAACUCUGCUGGUACUAACCAGGCCAGUGCUCGUCUGGCUGUGUCUCUGGCCAAAGAGCUGCCUGAUUCCCCUCAGGGUCUGAAAGCCACAACUCUGUCUAAAACCACCCUGCAGCUCUCCUGGACCCAGCCACCUGCUGAAAUCACAGAUGGUAUCAUAGGAUAUGUGCUGCACAUCCGCAAGUAUGGCGAGCCUGAAAGUAAAGAGCUGCAGGAGGCAGUAAGUAAGACAACAUUCCAGCAUGACCUCACUAACCUUGAACCAGCCACCAUCUACUCCAUCUACCUGAAGGCCUACUCUCCUCUGGGUGCCAGUGAAAAGUCUAGCACUGUCGUUGCUACAACACUAGGGGGCGUGCCCAAUCCACCUACAUUCUUCACCAAAGCAGUGAAUGCCACAGCAAUCCAGGUUCUAUGGGAGCUACCCAAUAAACCUGGCAAAACAGAAGGUUUCCGAUUGUCCUACUGCAGGGUCCCCCACGGAGACAUCCAGGGGCCGAUUCAGCUGCCAUGCCAUGUCAAUGCUUACACCAUCUCUCAUCUUGACCCUGGAGCUGUGUACGAAGUCAAACUGGUGGCCUUCAAUGGCAAUGGAGAGAGUGACUGUUCUAAGAAACUAGUGUCACUGGCUGAAGAUGGAAAGAGUGCUAAAACCAGUGCAGGAGAGGAGACUCAGUGUAACUGCAGGGGUGUUGAGAGUUCGUUGAACAGCAUUGUGGUUGGCAUCCACAUUGGCAUGGCUUGCAUCAUUUUCUGCAUGCUUUUCCUCAUGUUUGGAUACCGGCGCAGCUUCCUUUGCAGAAAGGGGACUCAGGAAAGCUGGUCUGUGCCACAGGGCGAAGAUGGAGGGCAACACACUCAGAGCAACAGCAUCCCUAAAGAGGGACUAACACACCCUGCUCAAGGCAUUGAAUUAGUGCCACAGGGUAACAACACAGAUCAUCAGACACAGUGCCAGGUUCUAAUUGAGCAGCACUCGUCCAGUCUGCCAGGCACAGGCACAGGCACAGGCACUGGAUAG